UGUCAAUAGUGUCAACUUCAGUUGGUGGUGAUCAUCAGUGACAUCCAAUGUUAUUGCUUUUUUUGCAUUUUACUUAAAAUUCUUUAGUACCUGCCAAUAACAUAAACUCAAACUAAAAUUACUAAAACUCUAUGCACCGUGCACGCACAAAACAAACAAAAACACUUUGGGUUGUACGUGAUUUUUAUUUGCUGGAAUAUUAUAAACAUCGUCCUUCCAGGAAUUUCCAGCAGGCAGGUACCUGUAUUCUAAACAUCUAAUAGAAUCAUCUUCAUUCAAGGCUAAAAAAAAAUAUUUGGUAAUUACCAUUUUUUUUCUUCAAUAUUGAUUUGCUGAGCUGUAGUCCUCUAAAAUUGUUAAGCAAUUAGUCAUAAGCACCAUAUUACAAGUUGUGAAAUCAGAAAAUGAACCCGCUUAAUUCUAUUAGACCCUUAAUUCCAAAAACCAAUCCCAUUACUACUGAUUAUGAGAUCACUAAGCAAGUAUUGGGUCUUGGGAUUAAUGGAAAAGUUGUUGAAUGUUUCGAUAAAAAAACUCGAGAGAAAUAUGCUUUAAAGAUAUUAGUAGAGAGUGAAAAGGCAAAGAGGGAAGUUAAUCUACAUUGGAGAGCCAGUGGAUGUCGUCAUAUUGUGAACAUUAUUGAUGUUUACCAAAAUAAAUACCACAACAAUACAUGUUUGCUAGUUGUAAUGGAAUGCAUGGAAGGUGGUGAGUUGUUUCAAAGAAUUCAAGAUAGACCUGAAGGAGCAUUUACAGAAAGAGAGGCAGCACAAGUCAUGAAUGAAAUAUGUGUAGCAGUUAAGUAUUUGCAUGAUAUUAACAUUGCUCACAGAGACUUGAAGCCGGAAAAUUUAUUGUAUUCAAAAAAAGGUACUUAUGGUGUACUUAAGCUGACUGACUUUGGAUUUGCCAAGGAGACUAUUAAUAAAGAUACACUCCAAACACCUUGCUACACUCCUUACUAUGUUGCUCCUGAAGUACUAGGACCAGAAAAGUAUGAUAAAAGCUGUGAUAUUUGGUCACUGGGUGUCAUUAUGUAUAUCUUGUUGUGUGGAUUUCCACCAUUUUAUAGCAAUCAUGGUUUGGCUAUAUCACCGGGCAUGAAGAAGCGUAUUAAAACUGGUCAGUUUACUUUUCCUUUACCUGAAUGGCAGAAUGUCAGUGGUGAUGCAAAAGAUCUGAUCAAUGGAAUGUUGAAUAUUGAUCCUGCCAAAAGACUAACUAUUGAUGAAGUGAUGAACAAUCGAUGGAUUGCACAAUACACAGCGGUCCCUCAGACACCCCUUCACACUAAUCGAUUACUGAAAGAAGGUGAAGAAAUGUGGCCAGAAGUACAAGAAGAAAUGACUAGAUCUUUAGCUACAAUGCGUGUUGAUUAUGAUCAAGUUGUGAUGAAACCCCUGGAAAACUCUAAUAAUUCGUUAUUAGAUAAACGUCGUAAGAAGUCAGUGCUGACUUCCCUAAAGAUAUAGCUUUUAAUAUGUGCUAUUGUGACAGUGAGCAAAUACUGCCGUAUGUCAAACUCAGCUAGUCACUUUCAUAUACUGAAGGUAAACUGUUCUAUACCUGGAUAUAAGUAGGCCCAAAUUUUACCAAGCCCCAAAACUGUAUUUAUUAAUUAAGCUAUAUUUUAACUGUUUGUUAUUUGUUUCAAGCACUUUUGUUGUUAUUAUUAAUGUUAAUGUUAGACUUAAAAAGACCAUUUUCAAUGUCACAAUAGUAAACAUCACAGUAAAAACCUCAAGUUUAUUAGCCCUGUAUUAAAACCAGUUAUAAAUUUCUAUAUUAAAAAAAAAUUAAUUUAUGUGGAGCCUCAAGACUUAGAUUUUAUUGUGCAAUGUCCAGAAGUAAAUAUUUUUUAAAUAACUGUAAGUUGCAGAGUCCUAUUACACAUACACAGAAAUGCUUAUGAAAUCUUGGCCGAAUUUUUCACAGGUUGCAGAGGACAUAGAUAACCAAAAAUCCAUUUUUCUUAAAUUUUUUAAGAAGUAAUUAGAAUGUAUCACAAAAAUAGUUAAUAAACAGAGGGUUCAUUUCAAUUAAUAUAAAAAUUACUAUCUACUUAACUCCGCAUACUUUCAGAUUAAUUUCUUUGGAUGAAAAACUAUCAUCCAAAAAGUCAAACUGUCACUUAUGCCUUUCUCUAGAUUAAACGUAUAAGUGUUUGCACUUGAGUUUAAAAAAAAAAGGUUGGCUUAAGGUUUUCUAAGUGUUUGUAUAUGUGCUCUGUGUAACCGGACUCAUACGACGAGAAAUCGCGUGCCUUUAUGAAAUACCUCAUGGAAAAUAUAAUUGUUGCUAAUGCCAAGACUAAUAUUAAUUUUAAAUAAUUCAUGGUUUAGGCCAGUUCCUUAGACAUAUGUGGUUAGUCAAGUUUAAGAGAAGGGUAUUCAGGUUGGUCCAUGGGGUCGUUUCACGUUUUGUCUGUUCUAAAUUAGAAUUUUAUAAAGAAAUAUUAAUAAAGUGAUGUAUUUUAAGAAGAUUAGAUGUUGCCUGUAGUAUAUAAUACUAAUAAUAUUACCUAGUACAUUUUCAUAUUGAAAUGUAUUUAAUUUUAUUAAUUUUAGCUAAUAUACAGUGGUGUCCUAUAAUUACUUGCAGGCAGAUUAAUUGAUAAUAGGUCCUGUCAAAAUGGUAAUUGAGUCAUACAUUUAAGUCGUUACUUGCCCGAUAAACUUAAAAAAACAUUCCUAGAGGUGAAAAGAUAAGGUUUAUACAUCUUCCAUUUGCUUAAUUUUAAUUAAUUGCAAAAUAUUCACCUUUCUUGAAAUAAGACAUAUAAAAUAUAUGCCAUUUUGAAUUUGAUAGAAUUCUAAUAACAUUUUAAAUAAACCGCAUAUCAUUGCAACAAAUAAAAUGUUACGUUAGAACAUUUACUAUUAUUUUAUAUACUCCAAAUUCAGAGUAAACUUUCUGUGAAGUGGAGGUUAUAGAGGUUUUAGAAAUAUUUUACUUAAGCAUAUAAUGUAUACGUCAAAUAAACUAUUAAUGAGGCCUUUUGACCCACCUCCAAGUAAUUAUGGAUCAUGGAACACUGUAUAUGUUACGAUGAAUAAUAUAACAAAUGUCAUUUUAAAAUAAUUUGUCAAUAAACGAUUAGUGGUUAA